AUGUGUAGAACAGAUUUGAAUUUAACAUGUUUGAAUCAAACGGGACAGUGUGGUGUAGCGGUGGUCACAUUGAUAGCUCUUAUGUUUAAUACAACUGGUGUCACAGUUGCUGGCAUUACCAACAGUCAUGGAGCUAAUUCUAGAGCUUCGAGUGGAACGACAAUCUCCGGUACUGGCGUAGCAGGAGCUACACAAACUCAACUCAGUCAUCCAACUUCCGUGUUCGUGACGGAAAAUUCAACCAUCUAUGUAUCAGAUAGUUUUAACUAUCGUACACAAAAAUUCAUAGAUGGAUCACACGUCGGCGUUACAGUUGCCGGAAUAAGCGGGACUUCUGGUCCAGGUUUGAAUGAAAUUGGUUUCUGUUAUGGUAUCUACGUCGAUUCCAAUCAGACAGUUUAUGUUUCCGAUAGUGUUUACACUCGUGUAUUGGCCUGGUACAUUAAUAGCAGUACAGGUGUACUUGUGGGUGGUCAAGGUGGCAAUGGUUCCGCUGCAAAUCAGCUGUACAACCCUCAUGGUAUUUAUGUAGAUGAAUUGAAUGGGUAUCUCUAUAUAGCAGAUACCAGCAACAAUCGCAUUCAGCAAUAUGUCCUCGGUCAAAGUAGUGGAGUUACUGUUGCAGGUGGAAAUGCAGUUGGUGGCAUGGGUCUCAGUCAAUUUGAUUACCCUACUGAUGUUAUCGGCGAUGGAAAAGGAUAUCUUUACAUAGCUGAUUCUAAUAAUUGUAGAGUUGUACAAUGGUUCAUUGGAGGUGCGGAAGGAAUUGUGGUAGCUGGACAAACCGGUGUAUGUGACGACUCUGCUACAACGAUGGGAUCAGUGCUUGCAGUAGCAUUUGAUAAAAACUAUUCAUUGUAUGCAGCUGAUAGCGACUAUAGUCGAAUACAAAAGUUUUCAAAGAUCUAA